UAUUGUUAACACUAAAACCUGCUGUAUUGUUACAAAAAGUAAAACCGCGGGUAGGACGAAAUUUUUCGCUACUCCGCAUUUCAGCCCCCAGAAAAAGGGGACAUUUCGCGCACCAAGAAGUGGGGUAUAUGCAUUUUAACAAAGUGCUAGCUGCAGCAAACGUAAUGGAAAGAAUUGUAAUUUUCAUACUUGUGUUAUUCUAUGUAGGCAAUGCAGCAGAAGAGGAAUCGGCCGUUGUGCGGACAGAAUUGGGAACGGUCAAGGGCUCGUACAGGUACUCGUACGACAAUCGCAAAUUUUUGGCGUUCGAGGGCAUUCCCUACGCGAAACCUCCCGUCGGUAACUUAAGAUUUGAACCACCGCAACCCGCGGAGCCAUGGUCGGGAACCUUGGAGGCGACGACCGUACGUGGAUGCGCGCAGCAUCUCAAACUGGACCUGGCAAACGAAGAGGAAGACUGCCUGUACCUAAACGUAUACGUACCCAUCUUAGAAAAUAGAUCCACUCAAAAUUUGGCCGUCAUGGUGCAUAUUCACGGCGGAGGCUUUAUGAUGGGCGACCCCGAUAUUGCCGGCCCCGAUUUUGUAAUGGACAGGGACAUUGUGUACGUAAGUUUAAGCUACAGGUUAGGGGUUUUCGGCUUCUUGAGCACAGGGGAUGGUGUUGUGCCUGGUAACAACGGGAUGAAGGACCAGGUUCUUGCGCUGAAGUGGGUGAAUUCCAACAUUGGACAUUUUGGAGGGAAUACAAAGUCUAUCACGCUAACUGGUGCCUCUGCAGGGGCCGCGUCGGUGCAUCUCCACUACUUUUCGCCCCAGUCUCGUGGACUGUUCCAUAGAGGUAUUUCGCACAGUGGAACGGCGCUGUCUCCUUGGGCUAUCAACAACGACCCUCUAAGAGUGGCGAAAAAAUUGGCGAAAUUACUGGGGUGUAGCCUUACGUCGACAAGAGUGAUGGUGGACUGCCUGAAAACUAAAUCGGCGCAAACCUUGUGCGAAAAUAUAAUCCACCUGUACGAGCAUUGCGGUUUUCCAGUCACUCCAUUUUCGCCAGUAAUUGAAAAAUCUUCAGGCUCGGAAACGGCAUUCUUAAAUGAACAUCCCUACACAUUACUAGAAAGGGGAUAUGUGAGCGACAUUCCUUGGUUUACGUCAAUUACGGCCGAUGAAGGACUGAUAUUCUUUUACGCCUGUAGUGAUAUGGACAGCGUGAUUACCGACUGGCACAAAUACAUGCCAUAUAUUCUGAACUAUUGUGAUACCGUAGCAGAGCAAGAUACAAUCAAAAUCGCGGAGAAAAUUACAUCAUUUUACUUCGCCGAAUCGGCGGUUACAGAUAGCGGCGUACUAAAAGCGAUUGGGGAUAGGCUAUUCCAAGUUCCAAUGGAGAAAUCUAUACAAAUGCAAGCUCAGGUUACAAAGUCGCCCAUUUACAUUUACAUUUACGAUUACGAAGGUGACUUACUAUGGAACAAGGUGUUCAAUAUUACUUACAAAGGCGUAAACCAUGGCGCUGAUGUGUUACUGAUGUACGAUUCAUUUUUCUUAAGGCAUGUGGUAUAUAACGGUGCUAAAUUAUCUGCAAAUGACGAAUGGAUGAAAUCAUGUCUUGUAGACAUCGUCACCAACUUUGCUAAGGACGGAGUACCUAAAUAUCAGGACAUCAAUUUUCAACCAACAAAUGAUCAGUAUAGUUACACACUCGUUAGACACAAAGACGUUACUGUGAAGCAUGAGAAAGACAACAAUGUAACUCAAUUUUGGGAUUCUUUGCAUUGUGACUCCUGGAAUGUCAUUAAUACAGUAAAAAAUGAACUUUAAUGCUUGAGCCCCUUUUUUAACAAAUCUCAUGUGAUACCCAACAAGUAGGGUUAAAAGUAUGGUGAAAUGAUGCGCAAAAAUAUAGUUUUUUUAAAGAAUG